AUUUUCCGAGUCUUAUAGCAUAUUCACGGAUUACAAAUUCUUGAAGGAAAAACGAACUCGGUCCCGUUGUCUUCAUUUUUCAUUUGGCGCUUGGUGAAUUGGCAUUAUUCUCAUCUGAUCGUGAGUUUACUGUGUUUAUGCCUUCUUUUAAACUAUCCAAUUAGGCCCUCUUGCAUUUAGCUUUUAGGCUGUGUCCAAGUAUGUUUGGUUGUUGCUAUAUUCAGUAUGUCACCAGGGCUUUUGUCUUGCCAUUUGGAUUUUGACCAUCUGCCCUGCAAAUGUCACAAUUUGACGAUUAAUUGUCCCGGAGAUUCCUUUAUUGGAAGUUCUUUUUAGGAGGGCCUCUUACGUUAAUUCCAAGAUGCUGAGAAAAACAUCAACUAUUAUUUGCUUGGUUACUAACUUUAUGUUCAUUGCACGGACUGUCUCAGAUAGGAUCAUUUAAUAUAAUUCUCACACUAGUCGCCGUACUAGGUUGGAAAUUUGGAGACAAUUUCUAGUAGUGCGCACAUGAAUCGGAGUAGGCAUGCAUUGGUACACCAGUAAGCUCAACAGCCGGCUGGGUGGAUUCAGAAUAACCAGGUCACGGUGUGUACUGCCAUUUUGUGAACAUGAACAAACAGCAGGAGGGAACCAUUUUGAGCGAGAAGCAAGUUGAAUCGUCUCCAAUCAUGAAAAGGCUUCUUCAUGAGGACAAUCACUUUCAAUCGGUUUCAAGUUCAAGUAGCUCACAAAACCAAUCCUGCUGCCUCGUCUGCUUGGGAAACAACAGUUGCAGGAUGGUUCGUUCGAGAACUAAGCUGAUGAACAUCUUGAUAGAAAGGAAGAAACCUCAAGAGGCUUAUUCCAUUUUUGAUAGUUUAACAGAAGAAGGGCACAGACCGACUCUUGUAACAUACACCACUCUCCUGGCAGCUUUUGCCCUUCAGAAGCGCUUCGACUCCAUCACUGCACUUAUCUCUAAGGUGGAGGAGAGCGGCUUGAAGCCCGAUGCGAUAUUCUUCAACUCUGUGAUCAAUGCUUUAUCUGAAUCUGGAAAGAUUGGGGAAGCCCUGAAAGCAUUCCGGAAAAUGAAGGACAGUGAAUGUAGGCCUACGACAAGCACAUUUAAUACUCUAAUUAAAGGGUACGGAAUUGUGGGUAAGCCCGAAGAAGCAUGGAAACUAAUAGAGCUUAUGAAGAGAGAGGUGAAUUUGAAACCGAAUGAAAGGACAUACAACAUUCUUGUCAAAGCCUGGUGUAACAAGAAGAAUAUCAUGGAAGCAUGGAAUGUCGUAUACAGAAUGGUCGGCUCUGGCAUGCAACCCGAUGUUGUCACUUUCAACACGUUGGCCAGGGCUUAUGCGCAGAACGGAGAGACGAGCAAGGCUGAGGGUAUGAUACUUGAGAUGCAGAACAACAACAUCACGCCAAACGAGCGUACGUGUGGCAUCAUCGUAAGCGGUUAUUGUAAAGAAGGUAACAUGGCGGAAGCCAUGAGGUUCAUGCACAGAAUGAAAGGUCUCGGCGUGCAUCCGAAUCUUGUUGUCUUCAAUUCACUUAUUAAAGGAUUCCUGGACAUUACUGACACUCAUGGCGUAGAUCAGGCCCUGACAUUGAUGCAAGAAUUUGGGGUAAAACCAGAUGUCGUAACAUUCAGCACUAUAAUGAAUGCUUGGAGCUCAGCGGGACUUAUGGACAAAUGCCAAGAAAUCUUCAAUGACAUGGUGAAGGCCGGGAUAGAACCUGACAUCCAUGCAUUUAGCAUCCUAGCCAAAGGCUAUGCGCGUGCCAGAGAACCCGAGAAGGCCGAGUCACAGCUGACUUCCAUGGCGAAAUGUGGAUUCUUCCCAAAUGUCGUGAUCUUCACUACCAUCAUCAGCGGAUGGUGCACGGUCAGCAAAAUGGAGCACGCAAUGAGGGUGUACAAGAACAUGUGCGAGGCCGGCAUUUGCCCAAACUUGAAAACCUUUGAGACCCUUAUCUGGGGAUAUGCAGAAGCAAAACAGCCAUGGAAGGCCGAAGAUUUGCUUGAAACAAUGGAAGAGAAGGGCGUGUUUCCUGAGUCGAGCACUAUCCAGCUGGUGGCGGAUGCGUGGCGAGCGAUCGGUCUAGUGCCUGAGGCCAAAAGAGUCGUGAACAAUUACAAGGAUAAACUAGACAACCUGGCGAAAACCAAGAAGGAUAGUAUAGCUAUGCAGAGCUUGGAGAGGAUAUAUCAAAAGCACAAGCUUCGUGCUUCUUACUCCGAUCCUCUGCCCCCAUUGGGCUCGGUGAUACACGACAAAGAUGGAUUGCCCGCCACAGCCAUUGGAAGCACAAUUCCUCCGAAAGGUCACAUUUCUUCAUCCUCGAAAAUGUGGAAGGCGACGAAAUCUGUACUUCUGAAGAACACGUGUUUGUUCAGGGUACAACCGCCUCAAUGCAGGAAGCAGCAUCGGAGUCGGGUCAGCCCUUGUGGUCACUUUGUGAGUUCGUACAGGAUGGUGGUGUUUCAUUGACUGGAUCGCCCUGAUGAUGCCGACACCCUUCUCUCCAUAGGAUUUUGGCUGCGAUGUCGUAUUUGAUGCCUUCUCUACAAGCUGUAGAUAUCGAGGAUGCAAGAGCUUUCGACCCAGCCUCUGUUUAUCUCCCUCUUUGGUUGUUGCGGUGCUGUGAUUCAAUUUGCACGUAAUUGUUAUGGAGCAUCUGUUAUCAUUGUAUACAGUGUGGACCUUCAAGGCCAGACAUUUUGCACUAUUGAAAGUAAUAUAGUUGUUCUUACUGUAAUUCAUC